AUGGGGUAUAAUAUCGCCGAGCAACUCGCUCUGAAGGGGGCCAAGGUCUAUGUGUCGGCAAGGUCAUUGGGAAAGGCUGAUAACGCAAUCAAGAAAAUGCAAGAGGAUCAUCCCUCGCUUGCUCGUGACGACUUGCUCCGCCCUCUUCCCCUCGAACUUGGCGACCUCCAGAACAUUAAUGCCGUUGCGGCGAAGUUUGCAUCUGAGGAGGAGAGAUUGGACAUCUUAGUGAAUAACGCGGCAUUGCUUGCUAGGCCUCUAGACUUGGAUAAGAAUGGAAUAUCUGUGUCAUUCGCCACUAACCACCUCGCCCCCUUUCGUUUGACAACCGCACUUCUCCCACUCCUCAAGAGAACGGCAGAAAAGCAUUCUGGAGUUCGCAUUGUGAAUGUCGGUUCUGAUUCACACCUUCACCUCCCAGCGGGCAUCCAGCUCAACAAUAUUUCCGACUUCAACCAAUCUUUUGGAAGCACUGAUAGUCCUGAGAGCAACCUAUCUCGCUACGCGCUAUCCAAAUUAGUAAAUCAUCUCUUUAGUGCUGAACUCCAGCGACGACUAGAUGUCGACCAAGUCCCUAUCGUCACUGUUGGUCUUCACCCGGGUUAUGUCUUGACCGAUGGUGCUAACAAAAAUAUUGACAAGUAUCACGCGGAUAUCCGUGACAAUAUCGAAUCAAUAUCACUUUCGCCAUUGGAUGGUGCGCUGACAACCAUAUUUGCUGCGGCCCAUCCAGAAGUGUGGGAGAAGAGGCAUCUGUACGGCGGUGCUUAUGUUGAGCCAUACGGGAGUAUAGAACAAUCAAGCGAAGACGCGAGGGAUCUUGUUCUUGCGGCCAAUCUGUGGAAGUCUAGUGAAGAUGUUUUGCAGAACAUUGCUGCUUAA